GAAGAAGAAGUAGAAGUUGAAGAAGAAUCAGUAGAGCAGCGAUGAAAGCAAUUAACCAGUGCUUCCAUUUCCUUCUUUGCCUUUCUUCUUCGUUUGUUUUGGUUUUUUUUAUGAUGUUGGUUUGUUUACGCGAGUUUGCCGUGAAGCCGUCGGUAGGCAAUUGGUUUGCGAACUGGUGGGUCUGAAGGGGGGGGGGGGGUGGCUUAUUCAUGGCUAUCACAGAGGCUGUGGUUGGGGACGACGACGACGGCAAUUGUCACUUACAUCGCUGAAAACACUUGUGCUGCUCGUAAUUACUGUUCCUCCGCCACGGCUGCAGGCUGUCUGAGGGGUGCAUGUUUGACCUACUUGGACUGGCGACGGAGCGAGGGAGAGAGAGGGGGAAGGGGAGGGAAGGACGGAGUGAGUGAGGGAGAGAGUGAGGGAGAGAAAGGGAGAGGGAGAGAGAGAGACGGGGAACCGAUAUGCCAGCCAAGAGUGAGGUGAAGCGAGGCGAUGCGAUUUCGGUGCACUGGCCCAUGGGACGGACUUGGUGUGAUGGCAGGGUCAAGACUAUUGACGUCGAUUCUGGCAUUUAUGAUAUUCUGUUUAACGAUGGCGAGGGAGAGGUGCUGAAUUUGUUCAAGGAAAAGUACAAGGUCAAGGCGGGCGGCAAAGAAGACGAGUUAUUGGACAGAGUGUUAGCAGGCGAAAGAGAUGUGUCGAAGCAGCUUGGGCGCAUCGGUGAUAUUCUUCGUGAUAUGUCGGACAGGGCGGACUCAGCGGGAUGCUGCUCAGAUAGGAAAGGUUGAAUAUUGGCAACAACGUUUGAGGUCUGCGGAAACCUGUGAAGGACUAGUGGGCUGCUUAGAGGAACAACGGAACAAGGUGGUAGUUUGGACAAGUGCAUAUUUGCUUUUUCUUACCACGAACGGGAGUGUUGAUGUAUUCAGAAACAGUUCCAAGUCCUUCAUUCCGCAGCUGCUAUGGCCAGAACCUUGACGAUCAUUAACGAUCCACAAUCCAGUGAGCUUCUAAAGCUUUUUUUCCUUUCUUGUGGAUAAUUAUGACACAUGAUACUGUUGAAUGUAUAUUUUAUUUUAUUUUUGGGUUGCCAUGGUUAGUUGUAAGUUCUAUGGUUGUAACGCUAUUCGUUACAUUUAUAUAUUUUUUUUUCCCGUCUUUUCUCUCUCCCUUUUUCAACAAAAGAAAAUAUACUAAGUUUUGUUGUUGGUAAAUUAUGGAGACUUUGUGGUCAAGUAUCAUUUAGAUUUGGUUUAUUUAGGCAGGAUUGCGAUCCAGAGAUGUAUUUUAAUCGUUCAGGACCUGGUAUUCGUGAGAUUUUAUAAUGUUGGAGAACAUUAUGACGUUUAUGGCCAUUUUUGAAAUUAUUUUGAGAACGAAUUUUUAUCGCGUUUUAACCUUCUGUGCUGACAUGAAGGCCCUAAAAAUGUACUAGAAUAACAGCAGUUUGUGGCAAAUCUGGCGGGGGUUGAUCAGAGAACAUUCCCAUAGACUGCGGCAUAUCAAAUCAAGAACAAACCUUACGCUGGAAGAAAGGCCUUUCCAUUUAGGGAGGGUCAUACCUCUUCUCAGAAAACAGGAGGAAGGGUGUGAUGGGUGAACAGGUUAAAGAUGGUCUUUCUAAUAGGUUAAGAAGAAUUGUAAAACAGGAAAGGUAUUAUGGAGAAGAAGCUAGUUCCGAAGGGGACAAAUCAGAAAUUGAACUAGGAAGUUUGCGGGAGGUCAUAGAUAAAGAACAGUCUGUUCAGAAAGGAAAGAAGCGAACUUUAAGGGCUGGGAAAGAGGGAAAAGAAGGUCAAGCUGAAGAUGGUAAGGCUGAACACACCUGCGGAAUGGAAAAAAGUGUAAAAUCGACGAGUGGUACUCCGCAGCUGAAGAAUUCAAAAGGAUCGAGAAGAAUGAAGCGAAGAACGUCUGACCGAGUGGGGAAAAAAUUCGAGGAGGAGCAUUCAGAUGAAAUAAGCGGAGAUGCUAAGGCUAUGGUCAAAGAGAAGCGAGGGCAGAAAGACUCACGUGGAGCUUCAAGGAUAAGGAGAGAAACUGAUAAGAAAGCUAAAGCUGGUUCUCGGAGCAGACCUACUAGAAGUGCAAAAGCAACAGGUCGUAGUGUGCAGCCGAUAUCCAGAAAGAAAUUGAGAGGGCUACAGCAUGUGGAGGAAGCUAUGUCUGAGGAGGGUGGCUCACGUGAAGAAAGUUCCGACACAGGAAGUUCAGAUAGCGCUAUAUCUGACAGUUCUGAGGAUUCUGGCCGAGGAAAACACGCAAAGCCAUCAGUAAGGACUAGAUUGUCAAAGAGGAAGUCAGAUGAGAUUGAUCUUGGUUUUGGGAAGAAAGCAAGAAGACGAGGAAGUGGGCUUGGCGAUUCUAGUCCACUUGACGUUAGUAGAUCAUCACAGAAGCCUCGAAUUGAAAGCGAUGACGAUUUUAUCAUGGAGGGCAAUCAAGACAGUUCGUCUUGCAGCGAAGAUAACAAGAUGAAAACUGAUGAAGAGAGCGACGAUGUUAGUGGUGAUAUAUGUGCUCGAGAUAAUACCAAGGGGAGGGUUUCCAAGAAGGGAAAAAGCCCAAGAAUGAAAGAGGAACCUUCCGAAAAUCAGGAUUCGUCUGACGAAGAAGUUUGCUCAGUUUGUGAGUUUGCAGGUGCAGCAGAUCUGAUGUUGCUGUGUGACGGAGAAAACUGUGAAGAGGCUUUUCACUCAUUCUGUCUGAAAUUUCCUCUUCAAACUAUCCCUGAAGGGGAUUGGCUGUGUCCUCUCUGCUUGUAUGUGAAACGAGCCAAAGAAGUGACUGAUACACCUGUGAAACGAACUCCAAAGUUGCGGGCCAAAAUGAUUCCUUCGGUAAAAAGAGUAGAGGCUAUAUUUGGGUUUCGUGAAGAUCCUUCUUCUAGUGAGGAUCAGAAGCAAAGGAAAUUGCAAUAUCUUGUGAAGUGGUGUUCCCUCUCUCAUCGUCAUGAUACCUGGGUCCCUGAAGAUUGGCUUUUAUUUGCUGAUAGGACCCGUCUCGCUACAUAUCAACGCAAAUCUUCUAUUGGAGAUGGAGAUGAGAUGUCUGAUGAGCGCAGGCCAGAGUGGGUACAGAUUGAUCGGGUUAUUGCUUGUCGUGAUCAAGUAAAACAAAGUGUAGUUGGAAAAGCUCCGAGUUCGAAAUCAAGCAAAAAGGAGUAUCUAGUUAAAUGGACUAACAUAGAGUACAAUGGAUCGACUUGGGAGGAAGAAAACAAUGACGAGGACAUGCAAGAAGCUAUCACUAAAUUUAAUGAGAGGCGUAAACUGGCAGAAAGAAAGGCGUGCAUCAGUCCCAUAGACCGGGUCGUGGCUCCUGCAAUAACAGAACAACCUAAAUAUAUUUCAGGAGGUGUAUUGCAUGACUACCAACUUCAAGGUUUAAAGUGGCUGCUCAGUAAUUAUCAGCAGCGGAAAAGUGUCAUACUGGCCGAUGAGAUGGGUUUGGGAAAGACGAUACAAGCAGUGAGCUUUAUUAUGGCUCUCAAACAUGAAAAUCUCAGUAAUAAGCCUGUGUUGGUAAUAGGUCCAAAGAGUACUCUAGUUGGUUGGGAACAGGAGUUUCGACAAUGGGGAGCAGAUCUUAAUUCUGUGAUCUAUCAAGGUGACAAAGAUAGUCGCACAAUGAUACGCGAUCAUGAAUUUUACACCAAAGAAAAAAUUCCGCUUUUUGAUGUUUUGGUAACAUCUUAUGAUCUGGCUAUGCUUGACAACACCCUUCUGCAAAAGUUUAAUUGGGCCUGCAUCAUAGUUGAUGAAGGGCACCGAGUUAAAAACACUCGAUCAAAGCUUGGAAUCCUCCUUGGGCGGCAGACGACUGAUUUUCGGCUCCUGCUUACGGGCACACCCGUACAGAAUACUUUAACAGAGUUGUUCGCACUCCUGAACUUCCUGGACCCGAGUGAGUUCCCAGAUCCAGAGAGGUCAGCUCAGGAGUUUGCUCAAGUGGAUGCACUGAGUGGGGCAGGUUCUAAAGGAGAGGGUGGGGUAGAGCAGCAAAUUUCUCGGCUUCAUGAGCUUCUGACGCCUCGGAUGCUGAGGAGAUUGAAGGCAGAUGUUAUGCAAGGGAUGAUACCUGGGAAAAAGUAUGUAGAAGUCAUGUGUGCUCUUACACCUCUUCAGCGGCAUUUAUAUGGGGCCAUUUUAAAGAAGAAUUAUAAACAGCUUAAUCGUGGCAAUACCACUGGUAAGAAAAGAUCGCUCAACUUCAUCCUGAUGGACCUCAAGAUGGUCUGCAAUCAUCCGUAUCUAUUUCCUGGCAAGGAACCUGAACUUGGUGAUCCUGAUGAGUUAUUCAGGCUGCUUGUAACUGCUUCAGGAAAAUUUCAACUUCUUGAGAAGCUGCUUCCGAGAUUGAAAGAAGGUGGUCACCGGGUGCUUCUGUUUUCUCAAAUGACAGGCAUGUUGGACAUAUUGGAAGACUUUUUGACUCAUCUGAAUUUUAAGUUCUGUAGAAUUGAUGGAAGUACACUUGCCUCCGAAAGGCAAAAGCAAAUAGCCGAUUUCAACAGUACGAAUUCAGACAUCUUCAUUUUCCUUAUCUCAACUCGUGCUGGAGGACUUGGCAUCAAUUUGCCAAGUGCAGAUACGGUCAUAAUCUACGAUCCCGAUUUUAACCCUUUCGUAGAUUUGCAAGCCCAAGCGCGGGCCCAUCGUAUAGGCCAGGAGAAUGUAGUGCUUGUUUACCAGCUUAUUACUAAAUGCUCUGUCGAAGAGAAGAUUAUUGAAAGAUCUCGACAGAAAUUAGCUAUGGAGAACUUGGUCAUGAGUUCAAGUGAGAAAGACACAGCUGAAGAUGUGAAUACACUUCUUUUACAUGGCGCACGGAAGGUUCUUGAAGAGCACGAUGUAGAAGCUACAUCAGUGAAGUGGACAAAUGAGAAUCUUGAAUUGCUUUUGAACAGAGAUAUCUCAGAUACAAAAGGUGUCAAAGAAGGUGGUGCUGGUUAUCUUGGUGCAGUACAAGAACCGGGAGGCAUGUUGGGUGGCCUUCCUGUGGAAGGAAGUCCCUUAAAACCUGGUCGAGAAUGGGAUGAUCUGCUUGGAAAAUUGGCAGAACAGGAUAUGGAGGCUGAAGAGGCGAAAUUGGGAAGAGGGAAGAGACAACGCAGAAAGAUCCAAUAUAGCUUUGAGCCCAAUAUCAAUGCUCAUGAGGAUGAAGAGGGAGGAGGAGAUGCUGUUGAAGACGAUCCUUCUUGUAGUGAUGCUUCAGCCAGCUCGUCAGGGUCUGAUUCUGAUGUGAGUUUGGACGAUGAAAAACGAACAGGAACACGGGGUCCUUAUUUGGCAAAGGUUAAAUCUAUGAAGGAGGAGCUAGGAAUAAACUCAUCACAAUCACAGCAGCACCCUGGUGUAGGUCCUUACCAACUGCCUAACUCAAAUCCGGCUUUGAACCCUCUCCUUGUAUCUCCAAAACAUCCACAGUCCUCCAAAGUCAUCCCACCUCCAUCCUCUUCACCGCCGUACACAAACCAACCUAGUCCUUCGCAACAUGCGUACCGUCCCCCUCUUGUUCCUUGGGCUGCUCCACCUUUUCCUCCCCCACAUUCGACAACAAUUUCAAGCAGUAGCCAGUCUCCUGGUUUGAGUCAUCGUCAUUUCCCAGCUCCAUACCCUCCUGCUUGGAAUGAAAUAUCUGCAAGUCCUGGGACUUUUCAAGGUCCAAGACCUUGGGAGUAUUCAGCAUCUCGAACCCAGGUCUUGAGCAGACCCUCAGUUUCUAUUCCACAAACAUAUCAGCCAUUGCAGCCUUCCCCCUCUAGUUCUAGGGAACUUCUAAACCCAGUUCGACCACCCGUUCAUGGUUCUGUUCCUCACCAGACUGUUAAACUUGAAGUUUCUGGGAAUUUGAGCCCGAAGGACUUGAAUGUUCCUGUAACCUGCAGUACCAUGAAACAGGGUACAAGCCCUAAAUCUUCGAAGGUUACUUCGACGUCCAGAAGCUCAGAACAGGGACCCAGCCCUAAAGGUAUGAAAAUGACUUCCACCUCCAUAAGUAAGCAACUGGGAACAAGGCCUCCCAACUCUUCUAUAGGACAGACAGCAAUUUCCGAGGUCGACAGAAAACAUGUGAGUUCUCCUCUUGGUCCAAAUGUGACUCAUUUUUCUGUGCCGAAGUCACAUUCAUUGCCAUAUAAGACGAACCCUGCACCAGGGAGUGUAGUUGCCCCUCAAGAGGGUACACCACUGCAAGGUGUUCUUUCGCAACCGCCCAAAGAGCAAUCCUCCUCCUCGGAUUUUUUUUCGUUAGCAGAAGUUUUGAGGAGGACUGGGUCGCAGUUGUCAGCGUCACAGGCUUCUCCACCAGCAAAUGUUCUGCAAGAUGCUAACGGUUUAUCCUUGGAAGACGUGUUACGGCAAACAGGAUCGCUGUUAUCAGGGUCCCAGGCUUCCUCAAAAUCAAAGGUUCUCCAAGAUGCCAAAAACUUAUCCUUGGAAGAUGUCUUGCGACAAACAGGGUCUAUAUUAACAGCUACCAAGCAUGUCUUAACCACAGGGACUCCAUCUAAACUUUUUGAGGAAGCCAAGAACAUGUCUUUGGAAGAUGUAUUACGGCGAACCGGUGCAACCAACAUAGCUAUUGAAGAUGUUUACAAGCGUAUAGGAUCGACAACAUCAGGAACUCCGUCUCAACUCUUGCAAGAUUCCACAAAUAUGUCGUUAGAAGAAGUUCUAAGGCAGACAGGAUCGAAGCUAAUUGCUCCGAAUAGAGCUCCGUUUUCUAAACCUUCUGUUCUACAAAAACACGCCCCUGAACCUUUCAUGCCAUUAGGAGUACUGAACCGAAACGAUCCGAAGUCAGUCGAAUCUAAACGAGCUAAAUCUGUCUUAGUUCCGCCGUCAUCACAAGUUUCCUUGGAUACGAAGAGCAAUUCGUCUGCAGCAGUCCCACAACAAAGUGUUGCAACACGAAGUGAAACCAAGCAAGCUGUUUCUGUGGAUUCAAAGAGCAACUUUUCAGAAGCAGUCUCACAGAAGAACGGUUCUCCAUUGGCUGGGACUAAGCAGGUUGUUUCUUCACGAGCUCCACAAGUUCUACCAGAAGCACAUUUAACUUUGUCGAUAUCUCCAACUCCGCAGUCCCCGAAAACCGAAGCAGAAUGCGAGGUGCCAGGGAUCAGUGGCAAUCGUGUUCGACCAACACGUCUACCAGCAUCAUCUGAAAACAGCUGAUAUUGAGACGUGGAUUUAUCUGUGCGCCUCUGCCUUCCAUGUGGCACUCUGCUGUUUGUUGGGAAUACCAUUUGUGUAGCUUAUAGCAAUGAAUCUGAGACGUCACCUCAUUAUUUGUUACAAAUGGUUCGAUGGGAUUGAGUUACAUUUCUUAGUACUGUCGUGCUUUUUCUCCUGUUUUUGGCUCUCUAGCUGUAGUUAUUCACCUUCUGGUCUAGUCAGGAGAAAAUGAUUCCCAGCAACAUCCUUGGAAUUAAGAUAUAUUAGUAGGACAAAAAGUGAGCAAGUGAUCUCAGGAUGAGCCAGAGUCGAAACUUUGUUGCCAUUAUCCAAUGCGAUUCAUGUUGUGAAGGAUGAUUAUAUUUAUGUGUCUGCUGUAUUAUUAUUUUAACAUGGGUAAUCGUGAUUCAUUCAGUUCCUGUGA